AUGGAGGUGAACGAUGCUCCCUCACUGGGCUCGCCCAACUCUACCUCGCAGCAGCAAUUCGCCGUGCUGGACAUGUUCAUUCCCGGCUUCUCGCUGCUCUCUUCUCUCGUGCAGGCGUACCUGGGUAUCGACCUCAACCUCUACAUUCCCAUGCUGAUGCUCCUCGUGGGUGCCUCUCUCGCAUGGAACUACCUCUCUGCCAUGCUGUACGGCCUCAUUGAAAGCCAUCUCAUGUCUUCCGUGCGGAUCCGUACCGACGAUGAGAUCUUCAACAUGAUCAUGGCGUGGGUCGCCACGCAGAACUUUUCGCGUAAGAGUCGCCGCUUCAUCGCCAACACCAACCUCAACUCGAGGGCCUGGUCCAUGUGGCGCUUCUUUGAUGACGAGGAGGAGGAAGAGGGCGAGGAUGAGGAGCAAGACUGGCAAAGAAAGCAAGCCAACAAGCAGAAGAAGCAGUUGCGAUAUACACCCAGCUAUGGCACUCAUCUCUUCUUCUUCCGGCGCCGACCUCUCUUGUUCGAGCGCUGCGAGAAUCGGGAGCAGAUGGGAUCGCUGAUGAUCUCCGAGAAGGAGGAGAUCAUCAUCUCAUGCUUUGGUCGUAGCGCCGAUCUCAUCAAGGAGCUGCUGCACGAAGCGCGGGAGCAGCACAUGGCCAAGGACGAACACAAGACGCUCAUCUACCGAGGCGGAAAUGAUGGGCAAGGGGGCGACCUCACUUGGAAGCGCUGCAUGGCUCGGUCAACGCGCCCAUUCUCGACGGUGAUUCUCAAUGAAAAGGUCAAGCAGGAGCUUGUGGACGACGUGGCCGACUACCUCGCGCCCAAGACCCGAAAAUGGUACGCGAACCGUGGUAUCCCCUAUCGACGAGGCUACCUCCUCCAUGGCCCUCCCGGCACGGGCAAGAGUUCAUUGAGUCUGGCGUUGGCAGGCUAUUUCCGUAUGAAGAUCUACAUCCUCUCGCUGAGCUCGCCCACGGCUACCGAGGAGAAUGUGUCACAACUCUUCGCUUCUCUCCCCAUGCGCUGCGUCGUCCUACUGGAGGACAUUGACAGCGCUGGCCUCACACACACGCGCGAAGGUGACGGCGGAAACAAGGACAACUCUACCUCCAGAACCGCUUCCGCACCGGGGGACAAGGCGGCUCCUCAAGCGGGCAAACUCUCUCUUUCCGGUCUGUUGAACAUCCUCGACGGCGUCGCCUCGCAAGAGGGCCGCGUGCUCAUCAUGACAACCAACCACAUUGAGAAACUCGACAAGGCCUUGAUCCGCCCCGGUCGCGUGGAUAUGACGGUCGAGUUUGGCCGGGCGGAUCCCGGCAUGACGGCUUCCAUCUUUCGAGCCAUCUACACACCGUUUGAGGGUGAGGAGACACCGUCCACAAGCGGUCCCAACAGCCCUGACACAGCCCUUGCAGAGAAACAAAAGCUGCGUGACGACGAAGCCCGGAACCGGGCUACUGAGCGUAUUGUCGAUCUUUCCCAUGAAUUCGCCGCCAAAAUCCCCUCUGGCGAGUUCUCGCCCGCCGAGAUCCAGGGUCUUCUCCUACGGCAUAAGCGUUCGCCACUGACAGCGAUUGAUGCGGUCGAUGCCUGGAUCACAUCGACGCGCAAGGAGAAGAUGGAGCGGGAGGCGCGUGAUGCCGAGGAGAAGGAGAAGGCGAGGAAGAAGGCGGAGAAGGAGAAGCGUCGCAAGGCCAAGGAGAAGGCUAAGAAGAAGGCCAAGGGCGAGAAUGUCAGCUCGUCGGGAUCAGGCUCGGAUUCGGAGACUGAGGCUCAAGAGAAGUCUGGGGGGAAGGAUACCAAGGACAAGGCCACUCCAGACUCGGGGUACGGAACAUCCUCAUGA